AGAAUGUUUACUUUUUCUUUUUUGCUUUUAUCUACGAUGGUUCGAUCGGUGGAACAUCAUGGGACUGACAGCAUGGCUAUGAGGAAGGUAAGGUAGGCCGGCCUCCCCAACCUGGCUGGAUACGCGGAUAAUGGUGUAGUGCAGGAUGGCUAUUGGUAUAUUGUACACACAAAAGCCGGGCGGGCCGUGUAAAACACUCCCAGAAAGCAGUAUCAUGGAUGAUCAAGGACAAGGAAAUGCUUGCCAGCUUUACAUCCCACGGAUCUGCUUACCCAUCUUCCUGUGCCUCGAGUGCCAUGGUGAUAUCUCCUCGGUUGUCUCUUUCGACAUUGACAGACCAAGCCUGACAAGAGUCUCCAGCAACAGAGCUGACCCUUCUCGCCCGUCUUCUCUCCCUAUCCAAAUUGUUGAUGGUACUCACGGAUAUCCCAUUGACAUCCGUUUUUUCCGAGCCCAAGACUACAAGGAUGACAUCAACCGAGAUCAUGCCCUCAUGUACGAUAUCAUUCUCCUCGACACCUUCUCGUGAUCAUUGAUGUGGGUUUAACCGUAUCAAAAGUCCUCCGAAUACCUUGGCACAUCCAUCAAUGCCUGACUCGACAAGAACAUUAUCCAAAACCCACUCUUUCUAGCCGAGUGUUACUCAAGACCUACCUUGAGGCUGCUUCUGCGUCUGUUUGU